AUGGCAAUCGACCAAGGUGUGGAGGAAUUAAUAAUCACGGGAGACUCAGAUCUGAUUAUCCGACAAGCUCAGGGUGAAUGGGAAACUCGGGAUGUUAAGUUUAUUCCAUACAUGCAAUAUGUGGAAGAUCUUAUCAAGCGGUUCAAGUCAGUCGAGUUCAGGUACAUUCCUCAUUUUCAUGAUGAGUUAGCUGAUGCACUCGCUACUUUGACCUCAAUGUUGCCAUAUCUAGGAAAUGUGCACAUUGACCCGUUGGAAAUCCAAAUCCGAGAAAGGCAUGGUUACUGCAAUGUGGUUGAGGUGAAACCAAAUGUUCAACCAUGGUAUCAUGAUAUCAGGAGAUUUCUGAAAACAAAAGAGUAUCUCGAGCAAGCCAAUGGAAACCAAAAGAGAACCAUUAGAAGGCUUGCCAGCGAUUUCUUCUUGAGCGGGGAAGUCUUGUACAAAAGGACUCCAGAUCUCAACUUGUUAAGAUGUGUGGAUGCCCAAGAGGCCGGGAGAAUCAUGCAUAAAGUACACGCAGGAGUGUGUGGACCUCAUAUGAAUGGAUAUGUCCUGGAAAAGAAAAUCCUUUGA